AGAUACCUGAGACCCUUGCUUCGCAUCUGCCUCUGUCUGGGGUUUGCAGAAGAACCUUGCCCACUCCUCCUCAUUCCUAACGAGUGUAUAUAGUAAACUCUUUGAAAUGUGAGUAUUAUGGGAAGGAUCGCAGUUGCUUUAAAUUAUAGAAGUUGGCAAGUGCCUGGGAGAAGGAGUGGGAGGUUGUUUAAACUGAGAAAGACGGUUGCAGAACUUCGUACGACAGCAUGAGCUCGCGCUCCGCACACAUCCCUUACUUUCCUUCGAGACACUUCUCUGCAUUGUUGUGGAGCAGCUUGACUAAUAAGCAUAUUACUGCUCUGAAUAUUUUUAAUGCUUUCUAAAUUCAUGGGAGAAUCAAAGCAAGGAAGUCUCAUGUUUGAGGAGGACGUCUGAACCCAGCACUGCCCAGAAAAGAGCCCAAGAUGAUUGUCCUGCUCUACGUGACAAGUCUUGCCAUCUGCGCAAGUGGACAACCUCGGGGCAAUCAGGCUAAGGGAGAGAGCUACUCUCCAAGGUACAUCUGCAGCAUCCCUGGUUUACCUGGGCCCCCAGGUCCUCCAGGAGCAAAUGGUUCCCCUGGGCCUCAUGGUCGCAUUGGCCUUCCUGGAAGGGAUGGUAGAGAUGGCAGAAAAGGAGAGAAGGGGGAAAAGGGCACUGCAGGUCUAAGAGGUAAGACUGGACCCCUGGGCCUUGCUGGUGAGAAAGGAGACCAAGGAGAGACUGGGAAGAAAGGACCUAUAGGACCAGAGGGUGAGAAAGGAGAAGUUGGUCCAGCAGGGCCUCCUGGGCCAAAGGGAGACCGAGGAGAUCAAGGGGACCCAGGACUGCCUGGAGUAUGUAGAUGCGGAAGCAUUGUGCUCAAAUCUGCCUUUUCAGUUGGUAUCACAACCAGCUACCCAGAAGAAAGACUACCCAUCAUAUUUAACAAAGUCCUCUUCAAUGAGGGGGAGCACUACAACCCUGCAACGGGGAAGUUCAUUUGUGCUUUCCCAGGGAUCUAUUAUUUUUCUUACGAUAUCACGUUGGCCAAUAAGCACCUAGCAAUUGGGCUGGUGCACAAUGGGCAGUACCGAAUAAGGACCUUUGAUGCCAACACGGGGAACCACGAUGUGGCUUCGGGGUCCACAGUCAUCUACCUGCAGCCAGAAGAUGAGGUCUGGCUGGAGAUCUUCUUCAAUGACCAGAAUGGCCUCUUCUCGGAUCCAGGCUGGGCAGACAGCUUGUUCUCCGGGUUUCUCCUCUAUGUUGAUACAGAUUACCUGGAUUCUAUAUCAGAAGAUGAUGAGCUGUAAUCCAGACUGCAGGCCUGAAUAUUGCAACAUAAGUACCACAGUGGCUUACACUUGGAUCUAAUCUGGAGUGUUGGAAGGUGGAGCAAAUGAUACAGGGAUUCAGAAAAUGUUUUUGACAGAUGGCUCUGGCAGAGUUAUGAAACUAAGACAAAGCACCAACCAGUUGAAAUCACAACAAAAUGAAUGGCAUACAAUGACCCCAGACAUGGAUCCCAUGAAGUAAUGAUCCUAAAUAUUUAAGCAAAUUAAAGAUGAUGUUAACAAAUUUGAAUGCCCUUGGCAAUACAACCAGCUGGUAGUGACACUGCCUCAUUAAAUACUCAUAAAACCCCA